GCUGUUAACGGCGGGGUGCAGGUUAUGUAAAAUAAAAAGUAAAAUUGCUAAGAUCAAUUAAAAUAGCAAACAAAUCGUUGCAACAGUUUAGAAGAUAUCAGUCAUGGUGUUCUUGAGUCUGCCACUUUUGGUACGGGCCCGUGGUCCCGAUGAAUUCUGGAGAAAGAGACGCAUCUUCAAACUGGCAGCACACUACAGGAGUCGCACCCGUAAUGUCUACUCGUUCGCCAUAAGGAGUGUACACAGGGCAUUGGCCUAUGCGACUAAAGGACGAAAGCUAAAGAAACUAGACAUGGCGCAACUUUGGAGCACGCGCGUGGAGGCGGGAUGCCAACAGUACGGCGUUGGUCUGGAAACCUUCAAGGAGGGCCUGGCUCGAUCCGAUAUCCUGCUAAACAAGAAAACCCUCUCCGAUCUGGCUAUUUGGGAGCCGCGUUCUUUUGAAGCUUUAGUGAGGAUCUCUCGAGAGCGGGCCGCCGUCGAAGGAUUGCCGGACAUCAAGCGGAGGUCGGCCUUUAACCAGGUUUACGGUCUGAGCAACCUGAAGCUGGAUUAACUUAGCCUUAAUUAGAAGUUCAAAUAUAAAUUUUUGUAUAUUUUAACGAA